AUGAAGUGGAUUGACUAUUUCAUUCUGUGUUUAUUGUUCUUGGAAGGGUCUUUCUCCGCAAACAUUACAGAAGUGGAAACCCUAUAUGAUAAUUUGUUGAACAAUUACAAUAAAUACGUACGACCGCUGACUUCGACAAGUACCCCAGUGUUGGUGAAUGCCACGUACAGUCUUGUAGGAAUUAAGGAAUUUGAUGAAGUUAAUGGCAAGUUUUCUGUGAUUGGCUUCUUCACCAUUACAUGGAUAGACCCCCGCCUGGCAUGGAAUCCGUGGCUGUACAAUAAUAUAUACAUGACAGAACUUCCGGAGUCCAAGGUCUGGAUCCCCAGUCUCACGCUGGUCAAUCCGUACGAUAAGAUCGAAAACCUCGCCAAAGGACUUUUUCCCGUUACAUACGUGUACAAUGGUUUAGCUUACUGGUCACCUGGUGACGUCACAUCUACCGGAUGUGAGGUAGACGUGACGUAUUAUCCAUUUGACACCCAGUCUUGUAGCAUGAUGUUGAUGUGUUGGGGAUAUGGACCUUCUGCAAUCAUCACACAAGCGUCGGACCCCGAGAUUGGGAUGGCUUAUUACUCAGAACAUGGCACAUGGGAACUAGUCGACAAAAAGUUAUCAACUCAUCUAGACUCAUUUCUUUCCUAUAUUAGCAUUGAUAUAAAAAUGAAAAGACGCCCAACCUUUGCUGUUAUAAACAUUGUUCUUCCAAUGGUUUUCAUGCUGGUUCUGAAUCUUCUUGUCUUUAUUUUACCAGUAGAUGGCGGUGAACGCGUUUCGUAUGCUAUUACAGUGCUGUUAGCGAUUGCCGUGUUUCUAACUCUUGUGGGGGAUAACUUGCCGAAAACAUCGAAACCAACGGCUUUGUUGUCAUAUUUUCUUCUCGUGGAUCUAGUUCUGAGUUCUUUGAUUUGUUUCUUUGUUAUUAUCGGUAUGUCCUUUUAUUAUAAAGACAAAAAGGAAACCCCUGUUCCAAAACCAAUCGCCAACAUGGUGAGACUGUGUUGCCAUCGCAGAUGUGCCCGUCGUGCGGAGAGUACGACGGUUGUAGAAGCUUACGACCCAAAAUCGUCGAACAAAAAUGUUCCGUUUACGGACGACGAUGAAGAGGAAGAGGAGGUGACGUGGAAAAUGGUGUCCAAGUGCUUUGACAAAUUCAUGCUCGUGUCUUGCCUUUUGAUCAUAAUUGCCUCAACAGCGGCAUUUUUUGUCAUGACCAUGUGA